GAAGGAAGCAAGAUAACUGCUAUAUUUACCUGAAGAAUUGAGCUGGACGGAUCCACGGAGGUUCCGGACGGGCAAGGGAGGCAAACCUCCCACCGUCCCCAUGAAUAGCACCGCUGAUCCGAACAGCGACUUUCCAUGAAAAGGCAUUUGGGUCGCUAUUCGUUAUCCUGGUUCGUCAACGGGAUCCGGGGCCUGCUUCAACCAUUUGCGACGCUUGCCCCAAUGCAUGCAAGCUAGGCGCUGUGUGUACAAGUAUUUAUUAGAAUAUUGUUUCUGUUUGUACAUUUUUUUGCAAUGAGUUUGCCAACGAAAGUGGUCCCCAAACCCGCCACUGUCUCAGUCAGCGGACAAGGAAGGGGCCCCUCUCCGUCGAGCCAGCUGCGGACUGCCCUGACCUCAGUGUCUCUACCGCCGGGAGCUCCGGUCGCUCCCCAGCCGGCCGCCGGUCUGCCACCUCAAAUACCACGGGUCCAUCAGUCAAUAGACGAGCGCAUCUUCUCACAGCCUGGAGUCACUGCAGUCUAUACCAUACCCAGGCAUGCUGGGCCUCAGUAUGCUGCUCACGACCUCUCAAAGGGCCACCCCGGCUUGGCGUGCACGCCCCCCAACCACCCCCACUCCGCCGCGCUCUCUCAGGUAUCGCUCGCCACAGCGUCGGCGUACCGCUACCCCAAGGGCUGGGAGACAGGCCCAGGGUCUCCAUACAACCCUGUACAGAACCCUGGCUCCGCCCCUCUAGUGUACUCUACUCAAACGCAGCCAAUGAAUGCACAGCCUCAGAGUCGUCCGUUUGCAACGGGCCCUCGACCAACACACCAUCAGGGAGGAUUCAGGCCCGUCCAGUUUUUCCAGAGGGCCCAGAUGCAGGCGGCCCGGCCCACGCUGCCCACCAACCCCCCCUCCCUGAGGCCCGGGGCUCAGAACCCCCCGUCGGCCGUCUACCCCCAGAGCCAGCCCAUCAUGAUGACCAUGGCCCCCAUGCCCUUCCCCUCGCCACAGGCCGCCCAGUACUACAUCCCACAGUACCGCCACAGUGCUCCCUACGUGGGCCCCCCCCAGCAGUACUCUGUACAGCCCCCCGGCACCGGAGCCUUCUACCCUGCUCCCGGCCACGGAGAGUUCCCCACCCCCUACCACCCCCUCAGGUACCACGCUCCGGUGUCCCCCGCCGUAGCGGCGCCGGUCCAGACGGCAGGCCCGGCCUACUACCAGGGGACGCCCCCCGGAGUGGUGUUCCCCCCCUCGCCCCCCGUCAUAGUGCCUACGCCGCAGCCGCCUCCCCCCGCCAAACGAGAGAAGAAGGCACUGUCCUCCCAGAUCCGUAUUCGGGACCCCAACCAGGGCGGCCGCGACAUCACUGACGAGAUCAUGUCGGGGGGGUCCGGGAGCCGGAACCCAACGCCCCCCGUUGGACGGCCCUCCUCCACCCCCACUCCCCCACAGCAGCAGGCGAGCAGCAGGCAGACGCCGGAGCUCCAGCCCCCCCCCCCGCCGGGGCCUCCCGCCCAGCCCCAGCAGACUCCCUCUCCUGGGGCCUACACCCCGGAGCCGCAGGGCCCGCCCCCGGGCCCGACCCCCGGGGCUGCUGCUGCCGCCGACACCACGCCUCGGCCAGAUGAAAUACCAAAAGUUGAGCCGGGCCUCCAGAAGUCUUCCUCUCCUGGCCCGCUGCAGCCCGACCCCGCGGUGAGGAGACGGGAGGCCAGCCCCCCUGCUGAGACCCCCAAGCCUCCCUCAGCGGCCCCUGCAGCAGGCCCCCUGCCUAUCGCAGCAGAGGCCAGCGCUGGGGAACGCCCCUCCACCGUGGAGUCCCCCUCCACCGUGGAGCCCUCCUCCACCGUGGAGCCCUCCUCCACCGUGGAGCCCUCCAACACCGUGGAGCCCUCCAACACCGUGGAGCCCUCCUCCACCGUGGAGCCCUCCUCCACCGUGGAGCCCUCCUCCACCGUGGAGCCCUCCUCCACCGUGGAGCCCUCCUCCACCGUGGAGCCCUCCUCCACCGUGGAGCCCUCCUCCACCGUGGAGCCCUCCUCCACCGUGGAGCCCUCCUCCACCGUGGAGCCCUCUUCAACCGUGGAGCCCUCUUCCACCGUGGAGCCCUCCUCCACCGUGGAGCCCUCCUCCACCGUGGAGCCCUCCUCCACCGUGGAGCCCUCCUCCACCGUGGAGCCCUCCUCCACCGUGGAGCCCUCCUCCACCGUGGAGCCCUCAUCGUCUCCAGCUGCACCGUCCCCCUCCGCCACCGCCACGGAGCCCACAGUCCCCCUGGCACCCCCUCCAACACAGAGCCCCAAGGAGCCCCAGGCCUUGCUUGUAGCCCCUCCUCAGACCCCCAGCACAGAGCAGCCUCUUCCAGAGACCCCCUGCGCUCUGGCCACUCCACCGGUCCAAGCUCCCGAGGCCCUCAAUGGCCUCGCAGACCCCCCAGCCGGGCCGCACUCCCCAGCGCAAGAGCCUUCCCCCCUGGCCUCAGCUGUACUCCAGCCCCAGGCUUCGUCACCGGCCUCUAAAGAGGUUUCCCAGGAGCCGCUGGCCACAGAGAAGAGCCCGGUGGGGGCCUCUGCUUGCCCUGGGGCCCAUGUGGCCCAUGUGGCCCUUAAGACUCCUGUCGCCGUGGUUCCGGUCACCCUGUCCUGCUCCUCUGCCCCCUUGACGUCCAUGCCUGCGCCCCCUCCUGGCCUGCCCCCGCUGGUGCAGGCCCCGGCGGAGGAUGGGGAGCCCAGCAAGCCUGUGGACACUAAAGCUCUUCCUCUGAAAGCGGGCCUGGAGUCCCCUACUGGGCUGGCUGAUGGCACGGCAGGGGCCCAGAAGGCAGGGGCCCAGAAGGCAGGGGCCCACCCGCAAGCACUCGCCAGGAAGAGUCCCACUACAGUCGGCCAGACUUCUUCUGCCACACCAAAGAGCUGGAGGAAACCAAACGAGGUCCCUGGAGGAGAGGGCCCCCAGAAGGAGAGCAAGGAGGAGCAGAGCCCCCUGCGGUGCUGCCCCCACACCCCCCCGCGCCCGGCCGCCCUGCUGCCCACGCCCAACAUCCCCCCCACAAUCCCGCCCCGGUUCCUGGUCAGGGGGGCCCCCGCCCAGCCCGCCGCCCCGGAGGAGAACGGCGAGGCGGAGCCCAUGAGGAACGGGGCGGGGCCUAUGAGGAACGGGGCGGGGCCUAUGAGGAACGGGGCGGGGCACGCCUCGGAGACGGAGAGCAGCGACAGCGGCGGCGGCCUGGGGGACAAGGAGAGCUCCGGAGCACCGGACACAGAAGACCUGGCGGAGUCCCCCGGGAAGAGGCAGUACAACAGGGACUACCUGCUCCGCUUCCAGUUCAUGCCGGCCUGUGUUCAGAAGCCCGAGGGGCUCCCACCAAUCAGUGAUGUGGUGCUAGACAAGAUCAACCAGACCAAGCUGCCAUCCCAGCAGCAGCAGCAGCGCGUGUCGGAGCCGCGCGUCGUCUCCAGGGGACCCGACUUCACGCCUGCCUUCGCCGACUUUGGCAGACAGAUGACCGGGGCUCGCGGCCCCCCUAUGGUCAACAUGGGGGCUCGCCGCCCCCCUCCCAGAAAGAUCAUCAUGAACGUGUCGGACGACAUCCAGCUGAAGAAGUCUGAGAACGCCUGGAAGCCCGGCCUGAAGAGAGAGGCUGUGGGAGAGGAGACGGAGGUGAACCAGACACAGGAGCUGUUCCGGAAGGUGCGCAGCAUCCUGAACAAGCUAACCCCCCAGAUGUUCAACCAGCUGAUGAAGCAGGUGACGGACCUGACCAUCGACACCGAGGAGCGUCUGAAGGGUGUCAUCGACCUGGUGUUCGAGAAGGCCAUCGACGAGCCCAGCUUCUCGGUCGCCUACGGCAACAUGUGCCGCUGCCUGGCAACGCUUAAGGUGCAGAUGACAGACAAGCCCAACACCACGGUGAACUUCCGCAAGCUGCUGCUGAACCGCUGCCAGAAGGAGUUUGAGAAGGACCAGGUGGACGACGUGGUGUUUGAGAGGAAGCAGAGAGAGCUGGAGUCUGCUGCAUCGACUUCGGAGCGGGAGCUGCUCCAGGCGGAGCUGGAGGAGGCUAAGGACAAGGCGCGCCGACGCUCCAUCGGGAACAUCAAGUUCAUCGGGGAGCUCUUCAAGCUGAAGAUGCUGACGGAGGCCAUCAUGCACGACUGCGUGGUCAAGCUGCUGAAGAACCACGACCAGGAGUCACUGGAGUGCCUCUGCCGGCUGCUCACCACCAUCGGCAAGGACCUGGACUUCGCCAAAGCCAAGCCACGCAUGGAUCAGUAUUUCCGUCAGAUGGAAAAGAUUGUCAAGGAGCGGAAGACGUCGUCACGGAUACGGUUCAUGUUACAAGACAUUAUAGACCUGCGGUUGCACGACUGGGUGUCCAGGAGAGCCGACCAGGGCCCCAAGACCAUCGAGCAGAUCCACAAGGAGGCCAAGAUCGAGGAGCAGGAGGAGCAGAGGAAGGUGCAGCAGCAGCUGCUCAACAAGGACGCCGCCAAGCGACGGCCAGACCCCCGGGAGCAGAGAGACCAGAGGGAGCCGCGGACCCCCAGGGAGGAGACCUGGAACACGGUGCCCAUGACCAAGAACAGCAGGACCAUCGACCCCAAUAAGCUCAUGAAGAUCUCCAAGCCUCAGAUGGAUGAAAAGAUCCAGCUAGGACCUCGGGUCAGCUGGAUAAAGGGGAGCAGUGGAGGAGCCAAGGCCGGCGACUCAGGUGAGACCACAGAAGGGUCCCGGUCCGGCGGCAGCAGUCUGAACCGGUACUCGGCCCUCCAGGCCACCCCCCCCGUCCCGGGGUCCCCGGCCCCCGCCCAGAACGCAGACUACGACUCGCGGAGAGCCCUGGGGAGCCGCAGUACGGGCAGAGAGCGCAGCGACAAGCCCCUGAGCCCGGCCCCCGCGUCGUGGCCCGGGCCCGUCUCCAGGGCCGGCAGCUCCAGGGACCUGAUGGAGGGGCCCGAGGGGACCCAGGAGAAGGAGGGGGAGGAGCCCCGCAGACCCAGCCCCCCCGAGAAGAAGGCGGAGCCAGAGGGGAGCCGGGCCAAGGAGGCCGGUAAGAGCCCCAGAACACCCUGGAGAGAACCGGGGGCGCUGGAGCAGCAAUACGAGAUGGAGGAUACGGUCUAUAGAGUCCGCCCUGGGCCGGCCGCCGCCCCCGACGGCCCGCUGCUCCCUGAGGAGGAGGAGGUGGAGAGGAGGUCCAAGGCCAUUAUCGACGAGUUCCUGCACAUCAACGACCUCAAGGAGGCGGUGCAGUGUGUGGGGGAGCUAAAGGGGGGGUCCCACCUGCAGGUGUUUGUGCGUGUGGGGGUGGAGUCCACGCUGGAGCGCAGCCAGAAGGCCCGGCAGCUCGUGGGCCAGCUGCUCUUCCAGCUGCUGCAGCAGGGGGUGCUGUCCCAGGCCCAGCUGGUCUCAGGGUGCACUGACAUCCUGGAGCAGGCUGACGACAUGGCCAUAGACAUCCCCCACAUCUGGCUGUACCUGGCGGAGCUGCUCAGCCCCGUGCUGCGAGAGGGCGGCUUCUCUAUGAGAGAGCUCUUUAGUGAUUUAAGCAAACCAUUACUUCCUGUUGGAAGAGCUGGGAUGUUAUUUUCUGAAAUACUGCACAUACUAUGCAAAACCACGAGCCAUAGCCAGGUGGGCGCUUUGUGGCGCGCAUCGGGCCUCGGCUGGAGCCACUUCCUGUCGGAGGGGGAAGACGUCCAGGAGUUCAUUUCACAACAGAAGCUGCAGUUCACCCAGUCGGAGGGCGUCUGUCCCGAGGUGGCGGCGGCCUGCAGCACCCGGCCCGGAGAGGAGUGGGGCCGGCAGCUGGAGCGCCUGCUGAUGGAGGAGAUGGCCACCGACGAGCAGGUCUUCGACUGGGUGGAGGCGAACCUGGACGAAUCCCAGAUGAGCUCGUCUCCCUUCCUCAGAGCUCUGAUGACAGCAGUGUGCAAGGCAGCGGUGAGGGACGAAAGCAGCCCGUGCCGUGUGGACACUGCCCUCAUCCAGAGGAGACUGCCUGUGUUACUGAAGUACCUGAACUCAGACACGGAGCGACAGCUGCAAGCACUUUACGCACUUCAGGCCCUGAUAGUCACCCUCGACCAGCCCCCGAACCUCCUGCGGAUGUUCUUCGACUGUCUGUACGACGAGGAUGUGAUCUCGGAGGACGCCUUCUACCGCUGGGAAGCCAGCGGCGACGCAGCGGAGCAGAGGGGGAAGGGCGUGGCGCUGAAGUCCGUCACGGCCUUCUUCACCUGGCUGAGGGAGGCCGAGGAGGAGUCGGAGGACAACUGACGAGGAGAGCCCCUCCCUCCUCCUCCCCCACCAAGCCCAGGAAAUAAACUAAAGAACUGCAGAACCCUGGAGACGACAGCGUCCUGGGGGGUCAGGCUCACGGCCCACACUGAAAUGUGUUCUCCUUUUUAUUUGUUUUUAUUUUUCAGUUGUCGCCCUCUCCCCCUCCCUCUCCCCCUCCCUCUCCCCCCUCCACCUCCCCCCCCCCCAUGCGUGGUACGGUUCCUCAACACACCGCCAUCUUGGACCUUGGAUCCAAACGGCAGAAGCACUAAAUACCUGUAUUAUACAUAGAAGAUAUUUUUGUUUUAAAUUUUAAACUUACUUUUUUUCUUUCUUUUGUUACUUUUUAAAGAAGAGACUUACAGAAAAAGGACAAAUAGCCUCUGGACUCUUUAAUUUAUUAUUUUUUUAAAAGGACUGCGAAUAAGGAAGUUUAUUUAACAUUUGCAGACACUCACGGAAGAGGCACCGGCCGCCGUAGAAAUAACAACCGUAUGAUUAUUAAUGAUUAUAAUAACACACACACACACACACACACAGGGUAGAACUAAGGUCAUUGGGGACCGACCGGGAUGCAGAGGGACCUGAGUGGACACACGCGCUGAGCGGUAUGCGUGACGUACGCACACACACGGGUGUAUGCGUGACAUACACACACACAGGUGUGUGCGUGACGUACGCACACACAGGUGUGCGUUUGGCAAUAUGAGCUUCGACAUGGUUACCGUGCGGGUAUCCAGGAAGUGUUUGGCUUGCUCCAUGUGAUCUGUACAUAACCCCGCCCCCCCCCCCCCCGCCCCACCAAUCAGAGCCCACAGAAUGCCUUUGCCAAGACCAACGCCAGCUUGUCCACUCAGAGCUCUUGAGUGACCCCGAGUCCACCGCAACGGCAUCCUGACCGACCAACGGAAACGCCCGGACGAUCGCUACGAUGAGCAUAAUGCAAGUUUAGGCGACAACAAAAAACCACAGAAGCAGAAGCUGGGGUUGCAGAACAUGAAGUGCUUGUAAAACUUCAGACCUACAGAUUUAAACGCUUGUAAAUACAUUAAAGA